AUGAAGGUGAAAACGCUGGUGGCCGCGCUGUUAGCGGCGCUAACGGCGCUGGGUGACGAAGUCACGGCUGUGGCGGGGAGCGAUUUGGUCACCCCGAUCAUCUGCGCCAGCUCCGCGGCGACGGAAUUCCUCGGAUUUCAGUGCGCUUCAAGCUCAAGGUCAAGCACCAGCUCGAGUUCUAACAAGACCUCGACGACGACUUCGGCAACUGUAUCGCGCACUGCGACGUAUGACCUGCACGCGUUGGCUAUUGGCGACUGGGGAGUCGACCUCGGUCUCGGAUCGUGCUGCAACGUCUACCGCAAGACCGGAACGGGUAACAACGAGUACUACAAGGAUCAGCAGGCGCAGGCGAACGUGGCCUAUCUACUGUCGCUUUCGGCCAAGAAACUGCAGCCGAAAGCAAUCCUCAGCCACGGCGACAACUUUUACUGGAAUGGUUUGGGAUCCGACGACGUGAACUACCGCUUCCUAAACUCCUUUGAGGCCAUGUACUCGGACCCCGCGCUGCUGGACAUUAAAUGGCUCAACGUUGCUGGCAACCACGACCUGGGCGGGUCCAUGUUCAUCUGCGGCAAGCGCGACAACGAGUUCGUCGAGUGCUCGGGGACCACCGACAUGCUCAAACAGCUGGACGAGAAGUUCACGAGGCAGAGCAAGUACGUGAGCCCCAACAGCGACCGCUGGCAGAUGCCCGAUCGCUACUACGUGGAGCGGUUGGAAGACCCCGACUCGGGGGUGACGGUCGACGUCUUCAACAUCGACACGAACGCUGCUGCGGUCCACGGCGGACAGCAGAUCUGCUGCCAGUGCUACGGCUACAAGAUGAAGUACGGCUACUCCGGGAGCUGCUCGGACGUGGCGCGUGGCGACAAGCUGUGUGCUGGAGCGGAUACGGAAAUGUUUGAUGCGUGUAUGGCGCAGAUCGAGGCGUGGCAAGCCGACUCACUGAAGCAAUUGGCGAGAGAUGCUGCUGCCUCUACUGCGACCUGGAAGAUGGUGAAUACUCACUACUCACCGCACUUCCACAUGACCCCGACUGUGAUGGAGGAGAUAAAUGAUAUUCUGGAGAAGGGGGGCAUCCACUUGUUCAUCAACGGCCACACCCACGCCGAAAGCCACGAGUUUGGGUCGUUCAACACUCACUUCGUGACGAACGGCGCUGGAGGCGGUAUCCAGAGCGAAAGCAUUGGCGAGCCCCCUCCGUACGCUUCGGAUAUCAAACCAAUCUGGCGUGGACACAAUGCGCCGUACGGGAUUUUCGAGCUUUCGUUCGCGGCGGACCAGAUGAAGAUCCAAUUUGUGACUUUUGACGACAACUGGGUCUUUGCAUCUAACAAAGCCGACACGGUCAAGGGUGGGUCGAAGCUCGAUCACUGCUGGCUCAUUCCCAAGGACGGAUCGCUGGGCCAGAAGUGCUAA